CGAGCUGGUCCAAGCUAACGUAAUGCAGAUCUAGCGUUAAAUUAACGUUAGCUUAAUUACAUAUUGGUAAAAGAUGUUAGCACAAAAUCCCACUCCUUUUCUUCAAUUCACUGUCAGUUUUUAUGUCCGUUAGAGCCUAACGUUAUAUCGAUAGUCUAAUAUCUGACCACCGCAGUCUCACAAGUUUUCUUUUCAGUCUGAACCAAAACUAUCAAACUGCUUUGUUUUACGCUUGUCAUGUGGUGCAGAUAUGCUGCUAACGUUACCUGGGUGUGUCGAAACUGUUUUUUUUUUGGAAGAAGAGUGUUUGGUGCAUGGUCUGGCCACAAUUCCAACACGAAAGCCUUCAAUUUGCUAACGUUACCUGUCAUUCUAUAGCACCCAUGUCCAGACUGAGUGUGGUGUUUGGCGGCUCCCGGGGCAUUGGCCGUGCGGUGGCCGGGCUGUUAGCUCAGAGAGGGCAAAGGGUUGUGGUGAUAUCCAGAAAUCAGGAGGCAGCCCAGGCCACAGCAGUAGCUCUGCCUGGAGCAGAGCAUGUGGCUCUCAGUUGCGAUGUCUCCAAGGAGCAGGAAGUGCAGAAGACAUUUGAAGCCAUCCAGAAAAACUACGGCACUGUGGGAUACUUGGUCAACGCAGCGGGCAUCAACAGGGAUGGGCUGCUACUGAGGACACGUCCAGAUGACAUAGCGUCUGUGCUUCACACUAACCUGCUGGGCUCCAUGCUCACCUGCAGGGCAGCGCUGAGGAGCAUGCUGGGCAAAGGCGGGGCCAUCGUCAACAUAGGUUCCGUGGUGGGUCUGAAAGGCAACGCGGGUCAGUGUGCAUACAGCGCCAGCAAAGCCGGGCUGGAGGGGUUCACACGCUCCCUGGCCAAAGAGGUCGCGUCCAGGAAUGUCCGAGUCAAUCUCGUCGCUCCAGGGUUCAUCCGCACAGACAUGACCGCCGGGCUGCAGGAGGAGGUGGGGGGCGGCGGGGCGCAGACGAGGAUCCCCCUGGGCCGCUUCGGGGAGCCAGAGGAGGUGGCCAAGGCGGUGCUCUUUCUGCUGGAGUCGCCCUACAUCACAGGCCAGGUGCUGCUGGUGGAUGGCGGCCUGCAGCUGGCCAUGUAGAGGUCAGAGGUGUAAAGGUCCGGCUUCAGAAAGUAAAAGUCCUGCCACAAUUUGGCUCCAACCAUUCACUUAAAGAGCUGAUUCUAAUUAUUAAGCUGGAAGAUCAGCUAAUUAGUGAAAUCACAUUAUGUGUUAAGUGCACAGGCAGAACCAAUACAUGGCAGGAUUUUUACUCUCUGAAGCCAGACUUCUACAUCUCUGAUGGACUGCCUGUCUGUCUGGCAGAAAGCAGUAUGGGGUUCCUUCUGGAUGUACCACAAUGUCUGAGGUGCGUCCAAAUUUGGCGAAUGGCAGCGGACGUUCAAAGUGAACUGGUUUUCUUUGAACCUAAAACUGUGAAUGCUGUUGGUGCAAACAUGCUAAAUUGUUUGAUUCAAAUGGCUAACCCUUAGUUCUCAGCGAACAUAAAUGAAUGCUGAACCCUAUCCUGAGACCAUUUGUGUGUGUUUGUAAAUAUGUUUGCUGUGAGCUCAAGAUAAACAAAACCUGUUUGAACGUG